GUCCAAAUUCAUUCACACAAUCCAUUUCUUUCUGUACACCGAGUAAAAAAAGAUCAAUUUGAUUUGCAAUUUCAAAAUGAACUUCCUUGUUUUCGCCACCCUUCUCAUCACCGUUUUCUCCUGCGCCACCGGGGUCAAGCAGUACUUCACCUUCUUCCAGGGCGAGAAUUGCACCGGCGACUACAUAGGAUUUACCUCAAAACAUGCUACCCUCACGUAUUGGGAACCUUUCAUCAAUGCCUCCAAAUCUGCGGAGUAUGUCGGAAACUGGCAACUCUACCGUGAACCAAAUUUUACCAACAUCGUAGCUCCGUUUGGCCCAUCGUACGAGCCGAGAUGUUCCCCCACGACCUUUGCUUUCUUGAACGUCCAAUCUCUCCGUCAUCAGGGACCUCUUGACACUGCCACGAGCGCUCUCUCCGUCUACGAGGGACCAGGAUUUGCUGGUCGGGAGGUCAUCAUCACGACCUUAUCCGCUAACAACUUCCCCUUCGUCCCUGCCGCCGCGAUUAGUUCGGGAAGGAGCAACUGGACUUUAUGGGAGACCAAUAACUUUACCGGAAACGCAACCUGCUUCGAAAACACGUCUGGGAGUGAGGCCGACCAUUGGUUAAUUCAUAGCGUCCCUUUCGCCUCCGUGGUUUCGGGGUGCACAGGAGCAUAAAAAUUAUGUAUCAGUGUAUGUAAUUGGUACUACAUAUUUAUACGUAUUAUUUUGUCGGUCCGUAUGCAAAUUUAGGAAAUUCUCAAACUAGUGAAUAAUUAAUUCCACAAUUACGUGGUGCAAUAGAUAUGA